AAACAAUAUACAUGUCUCUAUAAAUAAGACUUUAAUCAAACCCUAAAAAAUCCAAAAAACUACACAAUCAACAAGCCAAGCUAAGCUAAAAUGGAUAAAACUUUGCAAUUUCUAACCUCACUUUUUAUAUCUUUCUCCCUAUUACUCAUCCUAUACCAAGCCAAACCCACGAACGCAAAGAUCAACUCAACCGAGUUCAUAAACCAGGUCCUCGAAAGCCAUAACGCAGCUCGAAAAUCAGUAGGAGUCGCACCUCUCAAGUGGGAAAAUUUGCUCGCUACAUAUGCUCGAAUAUACUCCUCAAGGCAGCUACGAAAGGAGUGUAAACUGAUACAUUCUACAGGUAAAUUCGGAGAGAAUUUAUUUUGGGGACAAGGCAAGCGAUGGAUGGCUACGGAUGCAGUGGCAGCGUGGGUGGCGGAGAAGCAAUGGUACAAUUACGACGAUAAUUCUUGUAUUGGUGGAUAUCAGUGUGGGCAUUAUACUCAGGUUGUUUGGAAAGACACCAAAUUGGUUGGGUGUUCUAAGAUUAUAUGUGAUUCUGGGGAUACUAUUAUUACUUGUGAGUAUUAUCCUGCCGGAAAUUAUGAGGGUGAACAGCCUUACUAGAAUUGUCUUCUUUUAUGGUUAAUGUUCAAGUUUUUCCAUGAAUUUUUAGUACUUAGUUUUUUGUAUUUUGUUUUUGAUGACAUGUUCAAUAAGGAUUAAAUGUGUGUCUUAAUUUGUGUACUCAAAGACCAAAGUUAUGUAAUCAGUAAUGAGUAAAGAGUUGUUUGUGUUAUUUUGGAAUUUUUGAAAUUGUUGAGCGAAAAAAUAAAAAAAAUAAUUAAAUAAGCGAAAUUUUAAACAAAUCCCAAAAGUAAGCGUCCAAACUCCAAAGCUGUGCUUUGGAGCUGUUCGCAGUUACUAACUGCGAACAGCAUAUAAGACAAACUAGCUGUUCGCAGUUGGUAACUGCGAACAGUUCAAAAAACACAAAAUAACUAUUCGCAGUUAGACUGCGAACAGCA